UUCAGAAUGACUUACUGGCAGUAUCCUUCCCCUGAAAUAUAACUCACUCUGUCUAAUCUGAUAAGGGACCCUCAGCGCCUCUCUUGUCUUAGUGCGGGUACAAUUAUUACAGAGUUUCGAGAAGAAGAAGGAAAAGAGAGAAAAUAAUGGCUUUGUCAUUUGUCGUGAUUGCUGGCGCCACCGGCAAGCUGGGCCAGCUUGUCGCAAAGGAGCUCAAGGAUCGCGGCGUACCCGUCAAGGCCCUCGUCCGCCCCAACACCAGUCCCUCGCGCACUGAAACCCUAAAGGAGAAUGGUGUCUCUGUUGUUCCCGUCGACCUAUCCGACAUUCCAGCCCUCCAGAAAGAGCUCACAGGAGCCUGCUGCGUCAUCUCUACGCUGCAGGGUUUAGCCGAUGUCAUCCUGACCGCGCAGGGCAACCUCCUCGAUGCCGCAGCAGCGGCUAAAGUGCCCCGGUUCAUUCCUUCAGACUUCGCCCUUGAUUUCACCAAGACGCGGCCGGGAACCAACCGUAACCUGGACCUGCGGCGCCAAUUCCACUCACAGCUCGAUCGGUCUGGGAUUGCCUGGACCAGCAUUCUUAACGGCGGCUUUAUGGAUCUUCUCAGCGGUGACUCACCGAUGAUCAAUCACAAGAAGGGAAAGGUCAUGUACAUCGGCAGCGCGACGCAGUUACUGGACUUCACCACCGUGGCAGACACGGCCGCGUACACGGCCGCUGUGGCGGCUGAUCCCAAUCCCACACCCCGGUUCCUCCGCAUCGCUGGCGACGUCGUUAGCGUGAAGGACAUCUGUGAGAUCGCGGGGCAUAUAGACGGCAAGUCGUUUCGUCCGUCGUGGAUGGGUACCGUCGGGUCUAUGAACGUCAUCAUCUGGCUUCUGAAGCUGUUUGGAGGCCAAGAUCAGAUCAUGCCAAUCUGGCAGGGCAUGCAAUACAUGGCCAAUAUGUUCUCUGGCGUUGGAAAGCUAGAACCCUUGGAUAAUGACCGUUAUUCCGAGCUGAAGUGGACCAAGGUGAUUGACUUCCUCCGAGAGGAUCAGAAGAAGCAAAGUUAAUGCGGAGACUCAGUUUUGUUGUGGAUCGAGGCUCUAUCAAGUAGACAUUAGAACUUCGUAUACGGUUCUGUUUAGAAGCGGAUUGAUUUCCAAUCCCGCUGAUGUUCGUAUUGUAUACAAACACUCAAGUUUUGAGUUGAGAAUAAUAAGAAUUAACCUUCAUCUG